AUUCAUGCUGUGCUCACUUUCACAGAAAACUGCGGAUCAAGCUGCAGAAGAGUUUGCAAAAAAAAGCAGAGAGCUCGCUGGUAUGGGGAUUCGUUUUGCGGCCUCCGAACAGUACGAGAUGGCUGUGAAAUACUUUACUGACGCCAUUAAAUUCAACCCAAAGGAAUUUAAGUUAUUUGGAAAUCGGUCCCUCUGUUUUGAAAGAAUGCAGCAGUAUGAAAACGCUCUCAGGGAUGCUGACGUGGCGCUCUCCAUGGAGCCAAACUGGAUAAAAGGGUUAUUUAGGAAAGGGAAGGCGCUCUGCGGGCUCAAGAGAUACUACGAGGCCUCGCUGAUCUAUAAGGAGGUGCUGAAGCAGGAAAAAACGAGCGCUGAAGCCACGCAAGAGCUGAAACGAGCGCAGACGUUACACCUCAUGGAAAUGGGAUUCACGUGGGCGCAGAGCUCGGAGGCGUUGAAAACGCACGCCACGCUAGAAGAAGCUGUGGAAACUCUGUUUGGUGGUGACAUUAAUGUGGCUGCUGGAGACGCCGGCGCCUGUAGAGACGACGCAGAGCCGCCGGUGGUGCAGGAGGAAGACGACGACGAGGGCGAGUGGAUUGUCCGACGACCGAGUCGUCCCAGAACGCAGCAGAUCAAAGAGUCUGACGCUUUCGGAGCAAACAGAUCCAAAUCUCAGUCACCGACGCCUCAUUCAAAGAGCUCUGUGAAACC